CAGAGCGGGCCAAGUAAUCCGCAAUGCAGCUUUGCGAAACAGAGAACGAAAUGGAAUCAAGUAUGGUGAAAAAGAAAAGAUAUUAAGAGCUUGAGGUGGCUGACAAGGCUCAAUCGCACUAUCGCCACCUCCAAUCGACAACUGGUCGCCGGCGAGCAAGUGACAAGUUUCUGAUUCAUCAAAAUCGUUCAAAACCAAACCCUAUCUAUCAUCACAAUCACAUUAAUACAGAGUCACUGUUCAGUCUCCAUAUUCCCUCGUACCCCUUUCCUGUCUUCAGUGGAAAUCCUGCUACUAGUUUAUCCGACUUUUCCGGUCAAGAAGAUGUGUUGGGUGUUUGGUCUUAGGUGAGGAUAUAAAAUCUUUGAAAUGGGAACGGGCUCGGAAUCUAAUGGAUGGAGCCGAGCUCAAGGAUUGGUAACCAAGACGCUGGUUCUGAUUGGAGGUGCGAUUCUUGUAAAGCGCUUUACCAAGUCUACUACUCGUUGGGACCAUGCUCGAAUUGUUGCUCAAUCAAUCAGCGGCGAAAAGUUCUCGAGAGAACAAGCAUCCAGAGAUCCCGAUAAUUACUUCAACAUCAGAAUGCUUACUUGUCCGGCAGCGGAGAUGGUGGAUGGUUCCAAGGUUUUAUAUUUCGAACAGGCAUUCUGGAGGACGCCUCAAAAGCCCUUUCGGCAGAGGCUCUAUAUGGUGAAGCCCUGUCCAAAGGAGUUGAAAUUUGAUGUUGAGGUAAGCUCAUAUGCCAUCAGAGAUGCAGAGGAGUACAAAAAUUUCUGCGAUCGCCCAAAGGACCAACGACCACCGCCAGAGGAAGUUAUUGGUGAUAUUGCAGAACAUCUGGCAACAAUACAUCUUAAACGCUGUGACCGAGGAAAACGCUGCCUGUAUGAAGGUUCUACUCCCCCUGGAGGAUUCCCAAAUUCAUGGAAUGGAGCAACCUAUUGCACUUCGGAACUAGCAAUUUUAAAGAACAGUGAAAUACAUACCUGGGAUAGGGGCUAUGAUGAUGAUGGAAAUCAGGUUUGGGGAGCGAAGGACCGACCUUACGAGUUCAAGCCGGCACCAGUCUCUAGUAGUAAUGACAUGUUUUCUCCUUCGAAUUUCCCCGCUCCACAAAUGAUGGAAAAAAGAAUAGAGGGUUCUUUUGUUUUGCAAGAGUGAUCACUUAAUAUAUAUAGUCACGUGUAAAGGUUCAAGCUUAUAUUAUUUUUAUCAAAGUUAUAAAUCUCAGUUAAAGACGAUGUUAUCCAUCA